AUGCCGAGCCCGGCCUAUCUUGCGUUUGGCAUUGAACUAGAGCUUUCCCUGGUCAGCUCGAAGAAGUUUUCAUCAUGGUCAUCCAUGGCCAAAGACAUCAGUCACCGUCUGUCUAAAAAGGGAGUCUCUAAUCAGGUGACCGAGAAACCCGAUCAUGCCUAUCAAGCCUGGUCGAUCGUUCAAGAGAUCACGAUUCCGAGUCUGCCCGCCAAGAACAAAUUGCCCGGCGAAAGAUCAACAGCGUAUUGGUGUCGGAGCAAUCGGCAAAACCCAUUCCUCGCCACCAUGCACUCUCUGCCCCAUUGUCUUGACCAAAUUGAAGUAGCAUCAGUUCAAGAGGACGGGAUCGGCGCGAUUGUAGAGUCCAUGUGCCUCUUCCCAGCUUCGAGCCCGUAUGGACGCGCUCACGGCCUGAAAAAAGACUUCAUACACGGCAAAGUCUACAAAUGGAACCUGGCUCGCCUGCUUUCUCCCGAUGCCGAAGCCCGAACGAUUGAGUACCGCCAACCAGCGGGGAGCACAUGCGCCGAGGAUGCGAUGGGCUGGGCUCUGUUGACCUUGUGCUUCAUUGAGGGUUCUUUCGACUCUCGGAGCGGAUCCGCUUCGAGUCUGGACGAUGUCACACUGUGGGCCGAGUUCUGGGAGCAUCUCUGUCGUGGCGCUGACGCGCUGAACUUGGACACCUUUAUGCUGGACUAUCUCAGGUCCUUCCUCGACAUGAGAGCCAAGAAGUGA